AUGACAGUGUCUAAUAACGAGGACAAUAUACGGCUAAUUGUCGUUCCAAGCAACUUGCAAACGCCGUUCAAAACCAUCAAAUCUUACAAGGGAUCCCAACUGGUGGUUAACAGCGGGCGGGUGUACGAGCUCAACAAGGCGAAUUUCAAAGAUCCGCACAACACCGCCCAGAAACUGACCAAGAAGCAACAGCCGCUCAAGACCAUCUUUUUAGCCGCCUUGGACGUGUCCAAAGAUAGUUUGAUGGUGGGAAAGAACUGCGAGCUCUGGAUAGCCACCAAGUACAACCCUGUGUAUCUGCUGCUGGAUUUUUUCACCAACGCGUUAAGUCGCGAAAAUGUGCGCAUGGUGAGCUUCCAGGACCUGCUGGAACAAUUUGAGCGUUCGGAGACGCUUCAAGAUCUGGUGGAUAAUGGCAUCGAUCUGCAACAGCCGUUGCUGCAAAUAUGUGAGAGCGUUGAUGAAAACGGCGAGACGUUUUACAAGCCCUCGAUGCACAAAAUCGUCGGCUAUCUCAGCUCAAAGGUGGACCGUCUGGCCCAAAAUCUGCCGUCAGCGCUAGUCGCCGCGACAAAGAAAAAGCUUGUAUUGCCCGGCUUCGAGCCAACAGACGAGGUGCUGCAGGUGCGCAAAAAACUGCUCGCUAUUGAGCUGAUUGGCUCCUACGUGGACGCAAAGUACCUAGAAGAGCUGAAAAAGUUGUAUCCGACCGAGAUUCUGGACUCCUACAUGGUGGAGUACAAGAAGAAAGAACAAAUGACCGCGCUGGCCGAGGAAAACAUCAAUACACUCAACGGGAUGAACGCGGCAAAUCCCAAGAAACGCAAGGUUGAGAAAAAAGUGGCGCGCAAAGAGGUGAAGAAAGUUGCUGUCGGCAAGGGAGCGCUCGAUGGCUUCUUCAAGAGAAAGGUGUAG